GCUCGGGUCUUAGAGUCAGUCAGAAUUUGGUGCUCGAUCAACGCGUCCACUAAAAUCCAGUUAAUGUAUCUUACCCCUGUCAAGUGAAGACGGUAGACCUAUUGUAUUUCGUGGUUCCUAUUCAGACGUGAUAUGUGUAAACUAUAAGAAAGUAUACUAGACGUUAGUAACCACUUUGCAAGGAAAGCAGACGUAAAUUUGCAUUACCCACGGCGACUGAAAUUGAAAUAUCCGAGUCCCUUGAUCGCCGUGCACACAUGAAGCAGUGUUUGAAACCUGUCUAGGUCCGAGGUUUCCUUGCUCAAUAAAGAUUUUCCCUUGCUGUGAUCUGAGUCGUAGGAGAACGACUGAAGAAUUUUCGCGUUGAUGAUGUUUAUUUUGUGAGCCAUCGCAUGUUAUACCGGUUCCGUGCAAAAUAUCCAAGUUAAGUGAAGAUCAAGUGUUAUAGUAAUUCUUUUGAGCACUGUACGUACUCCAUAUUUGUGAGAUACAUUUUUACCUGGGAUAAGGCGCGCCAGUGGAUAAGAAAGGAAAGUGGCAGCAGGCCGAAGACUUUGGUCUUAAAAGAGAGAUACGGACGCAUAUGUAUAAAUUGCGUGAAGAAAGAUUGCGUAAUUUUUAUUCAAUUGGAGAUAUGGAUUCACCUGGACUCGCCCCGACAAAAACUCCUCUGACUCCAAGCCAUGGAGAAUCGCUUGCUGAUCAAAGUUUCCAGAGUUUUAAAACGAAGGAAAUACGCGAUUCCGAAAGUCCUUCACGGGAGUUCCAGAUUUCUCGAGGGGGAAUCGUAACUCCCGAUACUUCCGGUUGGAACAUUGUUACGUCGUCGGAAGUCAGUCCAGAUGGUAGAGCUCGUAAAACGGAAAGCAUUGCAACUACCGAAGGCACGCAACUGCUACCAGGAGGACAUGCUGAAUUCGCCGGUAAGAACGAACACAUGAUGAAAACCUCACACCAGGGUGACGAUCGCAACUACAUGAAAACAGCGGACGAACGUUCUGCAACUCAAUUUCAUGAAACGUCUGUCACAGGAGAUGAUAAGUCCGGUCGAAUUGAAAAAAAGAGCAGCACUACAUCCUCUUCGUCACGGGUAACAACUUCAAAAUUUUCUUCAACAAGUGAUGACUUCCCCGAGCAAAUCAUUGACCACCGCAACGUUGCUAUUGAACCGGAGGCCUUCCGGGAUGCUAGACGAUCGAGCACCAUUCGCGAGCAACAACAAGCCCAACAUCAAGUGCGAACUCAACAACAACGCCAAGAACAUCAUCAACGAGUUCACAACGAACGAUAUUUAACUGACAACUCAACUAACACUCAAGCCACGACUAACCAAAGCGAAAUUACCAAACUCGAAAAUCAAAAUAUUCAAAAAGAAGUUGAUUUGUUGGCUCAGCAACCAGGAAUAUUAAUUUCUCGUUCUGUUGAUUAUCCUGAUCCAAACACUAAGGUCAUAACAGAGACUAAACAACUUCCAGAUGGAACAACAGUUACUACCCGUAAAUAUGAGACCAAAUCCGCCUCUUCAAAGACAUUUCGAAGCUCUUCGAAUCAACAACAUAGCACAACAUCGAGGACCACAGUCGAAGAUCGUGCCCAACGGAAUCAUGUGGAAUAUAUCAAAGAUGAUGAUGUGGAGAAUAUUAAACGGGUACAACAACAACAGCUUCCACAACAAAAUCAAAGACCUUUUCGCAAUGACGAAGUAGAUGACACAGUACAGAGAAAAACUCGAUCAGAAAAAAUUACUACUGAGCAUACAACGAAUCGCCGGAGCAGCGUUCAGAGUGUCGAUACCACCGAUAGGUCGGUUCGAAGAGAAAAUUUAACUGAUCAGGUUGAAAACACUCUUAUGGAUAAAACAUCACAUCGUACAGUGAAAAAAGAUUUAAGUCAACAAUACAAAAACCAGGAUUUCAUCGACACUGAACGCGAGUAUAAACCUGUAGCUGACCACCCUGGUCAUGUACCCUCGCAUAUCCGGACUGAACACAUAUCUACAACUUACAAAACUGACACUGAUCGUACAAUUGAAGAUUCAAAGACUUCUGCACCUGCAGCCGGCAAACCUUCGUACAACGUGCAGAAACCAUCCGGCCAGCAGCCUUCUUCUCCCACGAAAGAAAAACGCAUGGCCCCAUCUUCUAAUGAACCGCGGGAAGGUUAUCCCGGAGAACGUUAUAUACCAGUCGAUACAUCGGAGUAUCCAAGUGACAAGCCAUCAGGACUUCAUCGCCCUCAACCUUCCACUGGUCGCCCACAUAUUGAAACACCUAGUUCUACACCAGCUGCUGGUAAGCCGUCUUACAACAUACAACCGGCAGGAAAGCCUUCCUACACGAAAACUGUUCAGAAAUCCCAAAACAUUCAACAGACCAAGCAAACUCAACAAUCUCGAGAUGUUCGUGAAAUUCGUGUUGAACACACUAGUACUGACCACGAGAUGGAUUAUCCAGCAGGAAAACCGAGUUAUUCUCCUCAGUUUCCAAAGGAGCUACCCAACACUUCAACUGAUCAUACUCCAAGGCCACAUGGUCGGGAAAUAACUACCAGAACUACCGUCACUCGAUCUUAUGGGCCAAAUGACAGCCAACCUGAUGCUCCGGAUAAUCAUCGUACUUUUCCGUCUCAGGAACCUACUGAAGGUCGCCAAAUUCCGAAUGAUUUCCAUAACAAAGUUAACCAGCGUGAAACAACAACUACCACGACAACGACCCGAUCUUACCACGAUUCCAGUCAUCCUCAGCAGCCCCAGCCACACAUUCAAUCUCCUUCAAAACCCAGUGAACGCGAAAUCCACAUUACUCGUACUUAUGAACCCAGUGACUCUAAACCAGAUUACACCAUUAGUGAACCGAAUUACGAACCACAAUAUCCCCAGUCACCAAUUGGUCACUCUCCGAAGUCGCAUGAACGACAAACUGUAACUACUACAACUACUAAAACUCGAGUUGAUGAACACGAGACCCACCCACGUGAAGUGCCUCGAUAUUCGCCACAACGUCAACAAAGGUAUCAUGACACACCGCAGGUAGGCGAACGCCAAAUACCAAUAAAUCGUUCAUACCAACCCGAAGAUGACAAGCCCGAAUACCCUGCAGGAAAGCCUAGCUACACUCCACAAAUGCACCCAGAUUCUUAUCAAUCUCCCCAGCAGAAGCAAGUUCCCAACAAAUCUAGUGAACGUGAUAUUCCGACCGACUAUGAUCAUCCGGCAGGAAAACCAUCCUACUCGGCCCCUCGGCGUGAAAGUUAUGAACCCAAACAUCCUUAUAACAGAGAAUCUCCACAGAAUCAAAGGCGGUCAGAAAACAUUGGGGAUUCCUAUCCGGAAGAGAAUUACCCCGAGUUGCAAAUGCCAAAUCGAAGCACUCCUAGGGAUCAAAGCAGACCACAAUAUGUGCGCAGACCUAGCGAAGAAAGCUACGUAAGUGUAUCCACAGUGCGUACGAAUAAUACUAACACUUCGAAAAAGAUUAGUGUGGAAGUUGAUGCAGCUCAUGAUGCAUUCGCCCGCUCUUUGCGCUGUGCCUCACCGUCUGACCGUGGCAGCGUGAAAUCCUUAAGAACAAGCACUACUUCCAUUCGUAGCUUUACAAGUCCGGAAAAACGGUCACCGCGAGAUAGGCGCACUCAAAGAAGUCCAUCGCGUGAUAGUAUUACCUAUUCCGAGUCCAGCAAAAUUAGCACUAGUACUGUAACGAAAGGAAAAAGUACUCCAAAGGAAAGCAAUCGUUCUCCGAAAAAACCGACCGAUACACCUCUUUCGAAGAGACCGACUAAAGAACAGCAUUUGAUUCCCAAGGACAAACAUGUAGGACCAAAAGAUACGAAUCGGUCUAAUGAACCAGUCAGCCCAAAUAAGCGGCCUUCGGAAGCGAUUUCACCCAAAAAUCAACCGGUGGGAACUCGACCAAAUGACCGUCCGAGCAUUCACCCAUCGAACGAGACAGUAGAUAUCACUACUACACGAAAGGAUACCACUCAUCUCGCGACAACAACAAAGGAAGUAAAUGAAUAUCCAGGUGAGAAAGAUGUUCCGACCACACCAACAUUCCCAGUAAAGCCAAAACCGACUCAGCCUUCCCCAAAAAAAGAAAUUCGGUCACCAAGCCGUCUAAUUGAAUCCCCUACCACAAUCAAAACAACUGCAACCAAAAAUGCUCCCAAAUCACAACAUCCUCCCGAAAAGGUUCCCAUUUCGACAAUCGGUACAACUCAAAAACCUUCAAGACCCAACACAAUUACAACUGGUAACAGAACUGUUGUUACAAAAUCCUCCAAGGAGCCAAAAACUCCCCAACAAUUCGGAAAGAAACUCCACCCCGAUUCGAAAAAAGGCUCAAGAUCGCCAUAUUCGUCACCAGAACGUUCUUCGAGACCAUCUAAUAGGGAAUCACCAACUGAUGCGAAUAAGUCUCCACGGAAACCAAGUUCCGCCAACCGUACACCAGCAGCUGAAAUACCUUCGGACCACGCACAUAACAUUACAAAGCUCACGAAAACCGUAAGGGAAGAGAAUAUUAUAACACGCGAUGAAAAGCUACCGUCUAGAGGCACACGAAAACCUAGUGGAAAGCAUCCAAGAGGAUCGGAUGAUGAAGGAUUUGAACCGGAAUCACCGCGAUCUAGUUCACCAACUAGUUCGGUAAGUGAUCUUGUCUAUCAUAAAAGUCCUGAGGAGCAGCUAGAAGAUGUAGCCAUGAAAACAACCAUAGCAACCACAAAACGGACUACAACAACAGAUGAAUUUAUCAACAAAGAGCGCGAAGACGUCGAAACUAACAGGAAGAAAAAGGUUACAAGAGUUGACGACGAAAAGUUUAAAUCUCCAGAAAGACAAUAUCCUAAAGAAGGCGGCAAUUAUCCGGUGGAAGUGGAAAGGUAUGAUGCGGACUAUCCCAGACAAACUUCUCCGAGGAGGGAACUUCCAGAGAAAUAUCCGGAAACAUCAAGCAGAGAUGAAAUCUAUCAAAGACCUGGUUCACAAUCUCCAAACGAUCAUCAUCCUUAUGGACGUAACACAGACAAUCCUCGGGAUCAAUCUCCUGAAGGAAACUUUAAGCAUCCCACGGAUAAAGAGGAUACUCGAGAGCCUUUCUAUCUCAUUCAGCCCCGCCCUGUAGACAAUGAUGGGCCGAAAAAACCUGACGAUAUAAAGAAACCAAACUCUCGUUCCCAGGGUACUAGAAGUGAAACGUACGAGGAAAGAUGCAGGAAGAUUUUAGGGAUGGAUCGCACUGAAACUAUAGACACCACUGAAGAAACGAUAAUUCGCCGAAAGCCAGAGCCCAACGGAAUUGAUUUAAUAGCACAUGAGCGGACAGUGGAAGAACGAAAUCGUGAUGCAAGAAAGACGAAACCAUCUUCUAGGGGAUCGAGUCCUGGAAAAAUGCAGCCAAAGCAAAGAGAACCAACAAGACAGGAUAUUCCGCAUGAUACUGAUGAAUACUUUGUUGAAGAAGAAAAAACGGUUAGAACCAUAAACACAAAAUCCAUGCCGCAUGGAGGCCGACCCGAGUAUGCAACUCCUAACAGAUCUUCACCUGAUAAACAAACAAGAAUUGUAACAACAACAAGUCCAACUAGAAAGCAACCAGAAAUCAGUCCAAAAGAUAAUAAAGUGGAACGAUCUCCAGAUAGAAAUUUGAGGCGAAUGCAUCCUACUGGGUCACCUGAAACGAGUCCUUCUCGAAUACCUGUGAAUCGGAAGACUUCUCCCACACACUCACCAACUCGAAAACAAUUUACUCCGACCAGUCCAAAUAAAACAACCCGCGAGAAAAGUCCGGUGUUUUCUCCUUAUAAGCAACAACCAGAAUACAGUCCCAGUAGAGACGUUGAUCCUUAUGAACAAAAACCCUCAUCAGGCAAAAAGCCGUCACGUGGAUAUUCACCUGAUCACGUGUCAAAGGAAAGGGAGCCCUCCCCAUCCGGUGCUUACACAACAAGGAAAGAGACAGUUGUUACUACUACAAAAACCAUUACGAAAUCACCUCAAAGAGUAAGUCCAGAUAGGUCACCUGUCAGAAAAUCACCAGGACAAGGUUUUGAGAGGAAAAGCCCCAAAAGCGUAUCGCCUGAGAGAAGUCCUAUUCGAGAACCUAGUAGUUACCCGGAUCGUUCUUCUCACGUGCCCCGAACGCCAAGUCCGACCUCGAAAGUUGCUCCCAACAGACAUGUGAGUCCCUCCAACCGAACAAAUGAAAUGAAACCAAGUCGUCAAAGUCCCUUCCGGAGCCCCACCCGCAGUCCAUCACCAUCAACAAAAUAUACCGAAACAGUGACGAUUGUGACACAACGUGGUCCGAAAGGUACGCCCUCAUCCCCAAGAACAAAGCAAAAAGUGAAUGAGCCAAACGUUCGUCCAAACCAUAUUACCACUGCGAAAAUUCACAUAUCUCCACCUGCUGAACGAAAACCUAGUAGCAUUGAUAUUGAAAAGUCACGGAAAAUUCCGCAUGCGAAAACAGUCCAAACCCCGAAGACUACGCGUGAAGAAAUCACUACGACUAGAAUUUCUAAAUCUAUCGUGCCACGAGCGACAUCUUCACAAAAUGCACCAAAAUUAAAGAAAAUCACGAAUAAACCUAGGUCAACUGAAGUUAUCAAGGGUCAAGAAAAAGUUCCGAAACACAGACGCCCUGAGGAAGACACCGAAGAGGAAGAAGAUUCAGAAGUUGUAAGUGAUGCUGAGGACAUUACUCAUAUAAUCGAAACCAAAACAGAAGUGAGACACACGCCGAGUAAGCAGCCCGGUAAGCGGCAUCCUAUUACGGAGCGUAAGGAUUCGGCUCCAGUUUAUAAAACUACAACUGUCGAUAAGGAUAAAAUGACAAGGUCGACUAGCGAAAGUGUAAUCAAGACAACCGCCCAACGAAAUAAACCGGAAAUCAAUCAUCCAACAGAAAAGGAUUCUCCGAGAAAGAAGUCGUUGGAUAAGAAACGUCCAGUUAAGUGUAUGUCCACGAAAACAAUUAAUUUGACGACAACAGAUAAGAUAAUUAAUAGUGAAGAAAUGGAGGAUGUCAUCAUAGAUAUUCAACAAGCGAAGAGUUCUCGAGAGCCGUCCCCAGAUAGAAUGGUGCCCAUGCCUGUUCGCCAUGACUUAGACACCGGUAUUCCAAGGUAUCCGGAUCAGGUUCAGGAACCUGAAGAUGAAACACGUCGUCGACCAAAAGUAAAGGACAUUCCAAUUUUCGAGGAGGACACGGAUGAGUACAUUCGAUGUCAUAUAAGUGAAGUAGACGAGCAAGUGGAUCAAGUUGAGAAGAGAAAGUCCGUCCGCCAUACAAAAAAAGAGGAAGACGACGAGACGACAGUGACGACGACGCAAGUAACGACGCAGAGAGCUCUUUCUCCCAAUAAAGAUCAUACAAGGAAGCCUGAAACUACAGAACCAGAUGAUGACUAUCGCUUAAGUGUCCACGACAAGGUUGCUAAAUUUAUCACCACCGCGGAGGAAGUGAGGAAACCAAAACCAUCCACACCCUUUCAACGCGCUAGUCAUCCUGAUGACCUUGAACCAGAUGACUGUUUGUUGAGCGUUAAUGAUAAAGUGAGCAAAUUUUUGACUACCGCGGAGACUAUCACCAAGCCGAUGAAGUCAACUAGCAUUCCACAGCGUUCUCAGCGACCCAAUAUGGAUGAAAUCGAUGAUAAGCUAAGGGAUGACGAAUGCGUUCUCAGUGUGUCAGAAAAGGUAAACAAGUUCACUACUUCAGUUGACAAAUUAGUAGAAGAAACGUCUCAAAGAACUCCAAAACUUGUUGCCAAAGUCGAAAGGCAAGUUUCACGGAAGGAUGAAAGAGUGGGAGACACUGAUGAAGUGCCUAAGCAACCAAUGGAGCCAGUAGAAGCGAGGCGUGUUUCAAGAACUAGUGUUAGAGACCGAUACCAGCCGGGGCAGCCCAACGCAGGAGAGAAACCAAAACCAUCUUCAAUUAGGAAUACGGAAGUAAUCAAAAAAGUUAAGUCUGUGUUCGAGACUAAUGAGGUUUCAAACCCAAAGCAAAAAGACAUAUUAAGCCGACCAUCCGUGUGGGAAGAUAAACGAAAUACACCAGAAGUUAAACUUCAAGAUAUCGGCGUUCAUAGACCAUUUGACGAGGAAACUGAGGAAAUCAUACAACGAGAACGUUCUCGUUCUCGAAGCCCUGGAGAUUACGAGGAAGAACCUUCAAGAAAUAAAUCCCCGAGAAUUCAGCGAACAUCUAAUACUAUGACGGAUUCCGUAUCAUCAAAAAAAAAUUUGUUUGAAAGUCAAAUAACGAAGAAAUCUAGCACCGUGAAAACCAAGCAGAUUUCGACGAGAGAACCAAACGAUUUGAACAAACAGGAAACAAAAGUGCAAAAGGAAAUAACCAAAAAACAUCGUCCUCAAGAGGUUUCACCUUCUAGAUCAUAUAAAAGCCCCCUUACCGACAAAGGAACUCGGAAAGUCGAUGAAGGAUACGUGGAAGAUGUAACAACUGAAACAACAACUAUCGUACAUCGUAAAGAAAGACGGUCACCCUCAAGGCCUUGCGAAUAUUAUUCCCCCGAACGUGAUAGUCGUUCUCCCGUUCGAUACAUGGACUCAUCCCCAACACGAACACCUUCUGGAACAUCAAAGGAUCAGUUGCCGUCGACUCAGAGAAAGGUAGGAGGAAUUUCUCCGUCGAGGAAAUCACAAAGUUCUCCGUCACGUUCGCCGUCUAAACGACCAGAUGAUAUCCCAGUGAAGAAUCGGCCUCGUCAUCUUGAUGAGAAGUCAUCACCCAUUUCAUCUAAAUCUGCACCUCGUACGGAACAAACUAGAUCAAAAAUAAUGACGAAACCGAGUGAACCUUCGCCUACUAGGGUACCUACUUCGAGUAAGUCGGUUCCUCAAGCGGCGGAUCAUCACACUCCGAGUCACCGCCCUUCCUAUAUGGAGCCGACUAUCAGUUCUCUUGAACAUCGCCGCGAUUCUUUAGAAAUUGUCAGACACUCAUCGGGUCCGGAUUUAUCAAAUGCGUCCUCUCGUCAAGAUCUAGAUUUAUUGCCUCCUAGUGGUGGCGUUCCUUCAUAUAUGGAGCACACUAUAAGUUCUAUCGAGCAUCGACGCGAUUCCUUGGAAAUUAGUAAGACUCAUUCGAGAAGAACAUCUCACGACUCUCUGCAUAAUGUUGAUAGUCAACCAAAGUCGGCCAAGUUUGGAGUAGAGCUGAAACGAACAGAUUUAAGGGAUUCUACAAGCCGACGUAAAAGUAGUAGUAGUGAGGUACCCCACAUAGAGGAAAUAUUUGACCUGGAACUUUUGGAAAAAAUGUACGAAACAGUUGUGGGCUACGAACAGCGAAGGAGGAUUCGUGCCCAGAUUCGUGUUGUUAAGAAAAUGAUUGAGGAAGGGACGCUAAAACAAAGUACUACUUCAACCAUAACCACAAAAACCAUUACACGAAAAACAUCGGAAACAUCUCCGGUAAGGAAGUCUGUAACGCAAACCACACGUCGCACUGAAAUCAGCCCAGAUAGACACGAUACAAAAACCCAUCCCCGACGCGCAGAUGACACUAAGUCAACUUCAAGUCGCUUUAUUGAAAGUGAAUCCAGACAUAUCACGCACCACGAAAAAAAAUCGACGGUUCGUGAGCGAAGUAUCAGUCCCCAGGGAAAAGUUCGAGGCGUAGCAACAACUACAGUAGAAGUGCGGAAAACGGGUAACAGAACAACUGCUAAGAGACCAGAACCAAAGCCGUUGGAAAAGCCAGUUUGGGCUACCAAAAAUAUCUUGAAAAAGCCUAGCGACAAUGAUAGAGCAGCAGUGAAACAAUCAACGACGACAACUAAGGUCCAAAGGCAAAUAGUCACUAGGGAUGACGCUGAUUGCAUAACUUCUAGUUAUGGAAUUGGGCCAACCGACGAUGAUGGUAAACCUCUGUUUGGAAUUCGCGCUCUGAAAAAGAAACCCCAGAAGCCAGGUGAAACUACAAAAGUUACCGGAAGCAUUGUAACAGAAAGUUACUAUUCUGAAAAUGGAGCGCCACCUGUCGGCGAGCGUAAAGUUACUGUUUACUCGAACAGUCCGGAAGACAUUAACGACUACGAAUAUUUCGUCGACCAGAAAGACAGAAGUGAUGCUGUGGCUCGUGAACGAACAUCUAAGGGCGGAAUAACAAGUGUAACUCGGGUUCAAAAAAUUGGCAAACCAGACGACGCCGAGUUCGCAGAUUUAGCAGCCAUUACGGACGGAAAGACGACAACAACGACUAAACAAACGAAAGUGGUUCGCAAAGGAUCAGUGAAGGAGAUGAGUGAAAAAUUCACCAGAAAGGGAUCAUCUACAUCCAUUACUGAUAAGAGCGGGUCUAGUCAAUUCCCUAAAGCAGGCCUAAUUCUUCGUACCCAGAAUUAUAGUAGUACCGAAAAUGAGGAUCCUGCUGACGAAUGUAAUGUUGAAAUUCGUACAACGCGGAAACAAACACGAACUCAGAUGGUAACAGAAAGCGAUAGCGACGCUGAGCAACGACGUGUCAGUAGAACCAGCAAAACUUUUUUGAACAGCAAUGGCGAGAAAGUUACUGGAGUGGAUGACGUUUUAGACCGCAUGCGUAAUGCUGAUAAUGUUAUUGAAGAUGGCGAUUCAGCUGAAGACCGGGAAGCACGUUCACUUCUUAACAAAUUUCUCGGUGCAAGCGUACUAAUGAGCGGUGUAGAAUCAAUGGUGCCAAAAGAGGUCAUUACACGACAAGUGGUCGACUCCCCCGGCAAACACGAGGUAAAAACAACCCGUAUCACGAAAACAGUCACAUCUGGAAGCUCUUCAUCACCAGUUGCACGAAAAACUUGUGAUAUUGAGGAGAUUUGGGACGAAGAAUAUUUAAAGCAGUUGCUUGAACAGUCAACAAACUACGAGGAACGUCGCAGAAUCCGUGCUCGCAUCCGUCAAAUCAUGGCUGAAAAAGAAGCAUGCACAGACAUCGCGGCAAGUGUAAAAGCUGAGCUAAAAUCAGAGCAACAAGGUAAAACUGUGAUAAAGAGCGAGAAAGAAGUGAUUAAGGCUGGAGUAAACGACGAAAGCGAGACUGAAAGCGAAUACGAAGAAAUUGAGAUUGUCGAGGAAGUAACAGACGAUAGUAGUGCCGAAGUCGAAGAGGAAGACGAAGAAGAAGGUGAAGAAGAAGGAGGAGAGGAAGAAGAGGACAAAAUAGAGGAGGAAGGACAUGAAGUAAGCAAUGAAAGUAGCGAAGAGGAAGUGGAAGAAGAAAGCAAACCUGCACCUAUUAAAUCAGAUUCUAAAAUAACAGAAGUUCAUAUUGUUGCUAAACGGGAAGAGAAAACCACGAACGUUGCCCCCAACAACUCCACCUCCGAAAGUAGUAAAUUGAAACAAGAACAAGAACUAGAAGCUAAGGAACAAAGAACUUGCACCACUGAAACUACAAAGACGGAGCAAAAAGACGGUGCUGAAGUUACAACGACAACCAGAGUAACUACAAGGACGAUUGCUUCCGCCCCCAAGCCAGUGUCGCCGUUCGCAAAGUUCAGACAACUUGAUAAACAAAAUUCUCAAAACUCCCCGCUUACUCCUUCAUCACCCAUGACACCAGGGGGUACAAAUAGAGGGGCCCCAUUAUUUCAAUUUACCGAUCCGGCAUUAUGUGCACGCGCAGCCACUGUCAAGGAACAGCUUCUGCAGUGGUGUCAAAUGAAAACGAAGGAAUACGAGAACGUUCAAAUAACCAACUUUAGUACGUGCUGGUCAGAUGGAUUAGCGUUUUGUGCCCUCAUACAUCAUUUUUUGCCAGAUGCCUUUGAUUACAGUAAAUUGACACCUAAGGAGCGAAGAUAUAAUUUUGAACUAGCUUUUCGAGUGGCUGACGAGAAGGCCGGGAUUGCACCCUUACUUGAUGUCGAAGAUAUGGUUACAAUGCGAAAGCCUGACUGGAAAUGUGUCUUCACUUAUGUACAAACCAUCUUCCGACGAUUUCGUAACUGUGCUUAAAACUCAACCACUCUUUCUUGUAACUACGUAGAGGAAAGAAAAGAAUCCAUGAACAGAGGCAUUUCUUUAUACAUUUCUCAUUAUUUAUUUAUAUUAUUAUCCUAUAAAAGUUGAUUCAAAUGUAUUCAAGGACAAAUCAGUUCUUUUACGCACCGUCUGACUUGUAGCUUAUCAUUAUUUCGAAUAUCAGCACAUUAUAUGGCAAUAAAUAUUAUUCUAAAGUGAUAAUUUAACCAUUAGAUACGUAUGAAAUGAUCCCAUAUAUGAAUAUUAAUGAGUGGAAGGACUUUUUGAAGCAGUUUGUAGAUUUUAGAAAGACAGAGAACUUGUUGGCGCUUAUGGGAAGCUUGAAAAUUUAAUUCAUCGAUUCGAACUAUAUUCACAGAGUAAUAUUGAUUAGAAAUCUAUGAAAAUAAGAAAGUAUUUUUUACUAUUUGUUAUUUUAUACUUCAAUGAAUAACUCAUGUUAAUUGUAACUAAUAUUUAUUAACACAUCGCACUUGAAAAUGUCAACUCUAUUGUAAAAAGCUGAUUAUUACUCAGAUUAGAUAGUUGGCCUUCGAUCCUGAAUCUGUAAAAAUAUCUUUAAAUCGGAACAACACAAAUAUUUGGAAAUAUAUACAUAUGAAUUGGAAAAAUGCUGAAAUUAUAAAUUUUGUAUCUGACUACUGUCGGAUAUUGUUAUAACAUAAUAAACUCACAAUAAAAUGCUUGUUUUGCUUUACAA